CACCGUCUCCGUCGUCUCCAAUGGCGGAAAACACCAAUCGUUACCCUUUCCUCGUCAAACAUCCUUCCGCCGGCGAGGGAGGCUGGCAUGCAGCCAUCUUCAUCAUCUGGGUUGAAUUCGCAGAGAGAUUCGCGUACUCUGGUUUGUCCGGAAACCUGAUAAUGUACCUGACGAAUGCUCUUCAUGAGACCAAUACGACGGCGGCGAAGAACGUCAACACUUGGACUGGCGUUUCGUCGCUUUUUCCUCUGCUCGGUGGCUUCAUCGCCGACUCAUAUCUCGGUCGUUUCUACACCAUUGUCGCUGCGUCUCUCAUCUAUCUCGUCGGCAUAAUACUUCUGAUGUUGUCGGUCUCUGUACUCAAGAACGCGACUCUGUUUUUCGUUGCCCUUUAUAUACUAUCCGUCGGCGACGGUGGCUACCUGCCGUGUGUACAAACUUUCGCCGCCAAUCAGUUCGACGAUGACUCGCCGGAAGAGAAAAAUGCCAAGAGCUCAUUCUUCAACUGGUGGUAUUUAAGCACUGUUGCUGGUUCACUUUUAGCUACUUUCCUUGUUAUAUAUAUACAGGACAAUGUUGGAUGGGCUAUGGGCCUGGGGUUACCAGCUAUUGUGUUGGUGUUUGCCCUAGCAACGUUCUUGCUGGGCAUUAAAAGAUACAGAAAAGAAGGCCCAACUGGAAGCCCAUUCACAAGGAUAGCCCAAGUUUUUGUGGCUGCGAUUCGGAAAUGGCGCGUGGACUCCACACAUGAUCCUCACAAUUAUUGGUCUGCUGAAGAAGAGCAUAAUGAUGAGUCCCAUCUUCAAAGUAAACAAGAGUCUGAAUCUUUAGCCAGCACCAAUGAAUUCAGAUUUUUGGAGAAGGCAAUGAUCAUUGACGACUUGGAUGCCUCAAGCAAAGCCAAAAAUCCAUGGAGACUAUGUUCAGUGACUCAAGUAGAAGAAGUCAAGCUAGUUCUUCGCCUUAUCCCGAUAUGGCUGAGUUGUUUAAUGUUCUUUGUUGUCACUGCUCAACUCCACACAUUCAUGAUCAAGCAAGGCAGCACAAUGGUUCGUUCAAUCGGACCACACUUCCAAAUCCCUCCUGCAACAAUUCAAGGCCUCGUAGGAGUCAUCAUCCUCAUCUCAGUCCCCAUCUAUGACGGAGUUUUCGUUCCCUUUGCCAGAAAAAUCACCGGACACCCAUCUGGUAUCACAGUGUUGCAGAGAAUCGGAAUAGGCCUGUUCUUGUCUAUACUAAACAUGAUCGUCUCAGCUUUAGUAGAAGCCAAAAGGGUCAGUGUUGCUACAGAGAAUCAUCUUCUUGACAAUCCCGAAGCUGUAUUGCCAAUGAGCAUUUGGUGGAUGUUCCCUCAGUAUAUCAUCUAUGGUGCUUCUGAUGCACUGACUGUCGUAGGGUUACAAGAAUUGUUCUAUGAUCAAGUGCCAGAGACGAUGAGAAGUCUCGGAGCUGCUACAUAUUUAAGCUUGGUAGGUGUUGGAAGCUUUGCAAGUAAUGUUGUUAUUGAGAUUGUGGAAGAAAUUAGCUCAAAAUCUGGUGAGAAAUGGCUAGGGGAAAAUUUAAACAGGGCACAUCUGGACUCCUUUUAUUUGGUUUUGGCUGGCUUGAGUGUUGUUAAUUUCUGUGUUUAUAUUUGGUUAGCUAAGAGUUUCGUGUACAAGAAGAUAAAUGUGACUCAUCAAUACUUCUGAUCAUCAAGGUUCUAGCUAGUGUUAACAUGUAUUUUUGUCAAUUAAUGUAGCGCGUGAGAAUAUUAAUUGAAGUGAAAUGAAGUUCGUCAGUAUAU